GUCUAUAGGAUGUCCCCAAGGGAGUUAGAGGAGCUGCGUAAGCAGUUGGACGAACUCCUCGAAAAGGGUUGGAUUAGGCCCACUUCAUCUCCUUUCGGAGCACCAGUUUUGUUUGUCCCCCAAAAGGAAGGAGAGUUACGAAUGUGCAUAAACUAUAGGGGUCUAAAUGCCAUCACAGUAAAGAAUGCUGAGACACUGCCCAGGAUAGACAAUCUCUUAGAUCGAGUGCAGAGCUGUAGACAUUUUUCGAUGAUCGAUUUGAAGUCCGGAUAUCAUCAAAUAGAGGUCUUGGAGAAGCUGAAAGAGGCUAACUUCAAGAUCAAUGCAAAGAAGUGCGAGUGGGCCAAGACAGAAGUCUUGUACUUGGGCCAUGUUUUAGAUGAAGAUGGCAUUAAGCCUGAGGACAGCAAGAUAGCGGCGAUCAGAGCUUGGCCGACGCCCCGCACGUUGACUGAGUUGCGGUCGUUCCUAGGCCUAGCUAACUACUAUAGGAAGUUUGCGAGGAACUUCUCGAUUAUCGUCAUUCCCCUUCGCAGGUUGCUCAAGAAAGAGGCAAUCUGGCAAUGGGAUAAAGACUGUACGUUUGCGCUAAAGAAAUUAAAGCGCGCGUUAAUAGAGUAUCUUGUCCUCAAAGUAGCAGAUCCGUCUUUGUCAUUUGUCGUCACCACGGAUGCGAGUCGGUAUGGUAUAGGCGCCGUGUUACAGCAGGACGACGACAAUGGCUACAAACCCGUAGAGUUCAUGUCAACGAGGAUGCCCUCAGAAAAGGAUUGUUAUUAUUGUGGAAUUCGAAAGCACAAAGAGGGAGUUCAUCGUUACACGAUACCGAAGGAGGAUGUCGUGUCUGUGGCCAUGUGGGCAUUUGAUCACAAGUAUGGAACUCUGAUGCUGCAAGCUGGACAACUGAAUUCGCCGCAGAGGAUGGAGUACCUUGUGGACUUGAUCAGAGAGAUAAGGAGGAAAACGAUUGCAAAAGACCUGGAGCAGAGAAGGGCAAGGGGUGUGAAUACUGAUCGGCUCAAGGCCACGGAAUUGGGACUGUGUGUAGCGUUGUCAGUUGGGGAGCUUUCGGAAGAGACUUACAAAAGGCUGUAUGAUGCUGGAGCCUCAAGGUACCUGCUCAGGAUUGAAACCUCAAAUCCUGAGCUGUUUUCAGAUUUGCAUCCUGGCGAUCAGAUGUUUGAGAAGCGGCUCAAAUGCCUGCGAACAGCCAAGAGGGCUGGGUUCCAGAUUGGGACAGGUGUGAUGAUUGGCUUGCCAGGACAGACACUCAGAGACCUUGCCAAUGAUAUUGUAUUCUUCCGUCAAGAGGAAGCAGAUAUGGUGAGUGCCAAAGGCUGGGUGCGGUGCAAGGGGUGGCUGGAACCUCGCAAACACAAUGGAGGCCACUCUGUGCCACACUUCCGUCCACUUGACACCGGAUUGCAGACCAUUUUCUGGGACGUUCUUGAGCGCGGCGCUCGUGUCCAACAUGGGAACAGAUCUAGGAGGGCACAUUCAUUUCCUGCUAUGCCUCAUGUCCUGGACAACAUGGCUGAGACCCGAAAAGGGACGAUUACUGCCCCCUAUACCGCUAAGGAGCAAGAGAAAAUGGCCGCCUUAGUGAAAGAAAAUAGGGAGAGAAAAGAGCGUGAAAAGCAGGCGAAGUUAAAGGCGAUUGCGGAGGAACAGGCGACGAAGAUGAAAGAGAUAGGGGAGGAGAUGGAGAAAAAGAAGAAGGCUGCUGAAAAAGAAGUGGCAGCAGAAGAAGAGAAAGAGAGGAUGAGAACUGAGAGUAGAGAAGGGAGUAGUGGCACGAAGGAGGAUAAAGAUGCAGAGAUGGAGAAGAAAAUAAGUGAGUGGGUUGCUAACUUAUCGUUGGGUGAAGAUGAGGAGGCGCAAAUGUAUGUGCCAGAGGAAGAGAAAGAGGCGUUUGCCAGGGCCCUCGCAGUGAUUGGGGACCCCCUUGAACGUCAAGAAGCCGAGGAGGAGAAGAGAUUGGAAUGGAAGUUGAGGAUGAAGAGGGAGAAGAAGAGGAGGGAGGAAGCUAACUGGUUGACCGCAGAAGUGGAAAAGGUCUUGGAGAAGUUUCGAGAGGCUAACUUCAAGAUCAACUCGAAGAAAUGCGAGUGGGCCAAGACACAAGUCUUGUACUUGGGCCACGUAUUAGACGGAGAUGGCAUUAAGCCAGAGGACAGUAAGAUAGCGGCGAUUAGAGAUUGGCCGACGCCCCGCACAUUGACAGAGUUGCCGUCGUUCGUAGGCCUAGCUAACUACUACAGGAAGUUCGUGAGGAACUUACCCACUAUCGCCGCUCCCUUGCGCAGAUUGCUGAAGAAAGAGGCAAUCUGGCAAUGGGACAAAGACUGUACGUCUGCGGUCAAGAAGUUAAAGCGCGCGUUAAUAGAGUAUCCUGUCCUCAAAGUUGCAGAUCCGUCUUUGCCAUUUGUCGUCACCACGGACGCGAGUCAGUAUGGGAUAGGCGCCGUGUUGCAGCAAGACGACGACAAUGGCUAUAGACCCGUAGAGUUCAUGUCAGCGAGGAUGCCCUGUGAGAAGACCCAUAGUGGGAAAGACACUAGCCCCUACAGUGAGGAGCAGCAAGAGAAAAUGGUCGCCUUAGUGAGAGAAAACAAGGAGAGGAAGGAGCUUGAGAAGCAAGCGAAGCUAAAGGCUAUCGCAGAGGAACACGCGGCGAAGAUGAAGAGAUUGGAGGAGGAGAUGAAGAGGAUUCAGCAGGAGGAGGAAGAAGUUGCUGAAGCAGAAUUUGUCAUCGUGUACCUCGAUGACAUACUUAUUUUAAGUAAGACUGUCGAGGAGCACGUCGUGCACUUGGACAAACUCCUGAGCCUUCUGCGACAGCACAAGUGCAAGAUCAACGGUGAGAAGCGCGAGUUUGGCCGCACCCGUGUCGUGUACUUAGGUUAUGAGAUUUUCGCGGAGGGAUUGAAGCCCGAUGACGCGAAGGUGGCCAACAUUCGUGACUGGCCGCGUCCUCAAUCUGUGAUUGAGAUGAGAUCUUUCUUAGGGAUGACCAGCUACUGUCGCAAUUUCAUGAAGAACUAUAGCAUAGUUGCCACCCCUUUGAUUGAUCUGACCCGCCUUGACACCCCAUGGGAGUGGACUGAGACAUGCGAGGCUGCUUUCAGACAUCUGAAGCAUGCGUUGAGGCAUUACGAGGUCUUGAAACUUCCUGAUCCUGACAAGCCAUUUAUAGUAACUACGGAUGCUAGCCAAUAUGGCAUAGGCGCUGUACUUGCACAACAGGAGGGGAAAAAGUUGAGGCCAAUUGAGUACAUGUCCAAGAAAAUGCCGUCUCAGAAGUUGGCUAAGUCCACCUAUGAGAAGGAACUAUUUGCGGUUUACAAGGCUCUGACCCAUUGGAGGCACUACCUCCUUGGGAGGUUCUUCAUCCUCAGGACUGAUCAUCAGACCCUGAGAUGGAUGAGAACUCGGGCUGUACUCUCGGACACUCUCAAGCAUUGGAUCGAAGUCGUAGAGCAGUAUGACUUCGAGCCCGAGUACAUCAAGGGUGAGUACAACAAGGUUGUUGACGCCUUGUCCCGUAGACCUGAUUUCUCAGGUGCGCUGAUUACUGAGUUCAAUCUUGCGGACAAUGUUACUCAGCCGUUGGUGGAAGCCUAUCGCGAGGACCCGUUUAUGGCCGAGAUCAUACGCAGACUCGAGGCGAAGGACAAAGGGACUUCUCCCGAGUUUGAGUUGGUCUGUCAGAGUGACAAGCCACGUACUCAAGCUCCUCUUGGGCUUCUGAAGCCCCUUCCGAUUACGGAAAGGCCUGGUGAGAGCCUGUCCAUGGACUUCAUGGAUACGCUGGUCACCAACAAGAGUGGAAUGCGCUACAUCUACGUCAUUGUGGAUAGGUUUAGCAAGUUUGCUAGGUUAGUUGCUAUGUCGGCAACAACUAACACGGAGUAUGUAAUUAAAAUGUUUAAGGAGAAUCGGGUAAGAGACUUUGGAUUGCCAAAGUUUAUUGUUAGCGACCGGGACGUGCAAUUUACCAGCGAAUUGUGGAAAGCAGCAGCUGCAGAGCAAGGCAUGCAACUGCAGAUGACAUCAGGCAAUCAUCCCGAGGCAAACGGGCAGGCUGAACAAAUGAACCGCGCUGUACAACACCUGCUAAGGCAUUACAUCAAGCCAAAUCAGGUAGAUUGGGAUAAGAAACUGACCCUCAUCGCCAGUUUGUACAAUAAUGUUGUGCACAGUGCAACCGGAGUCAGUCCUAACAGCUUGCUACCGACCUUCACACCCGUACUGCCUUUAGACUUUCUACUACCUGACAAUCAGCCGACUGCUGCACCAGGGACUUGAUGCAGCAGGCUGUUGAGCAGAUGCACAAAGCACAGGCGACGACGAUAGAGUCUGAGAACAAACACCGCCGCCCAUC